AUGGACAAGGGACCGGGCGCAGCCAAUGACACGCAAGCUUUCAACAUCGACGACUACACCGCCGCCCUCGAGUUGGACUUCAUUACGUCCAACUUUGUCAACAACCAGCACCUCGACAUUACCAAUUUUGGAACCGGACAAGACGAGCUUUCCCGGGAGCUGCAGGGUAUCGGUUCUGGCGAACCUCUUUGUGGUCUCGAUGUUGACUCAUCUCAUCAACAAGUUGCCUUUGAGCUUGGCCCCGCCGCGGCCGCUCUCGGCGGCCAAGAUGUCAGCAUGGAGCUUGCCCAGAGGCAAUCCGUGAACAACGCCAACCAAUUCGAUGAGCCUGGCGUGUUUAUGUUCUCGGAAGCCUUGGGCGAUGGGGAGCCCAUGGGACACCUGUUCAACAACGACCAGGGAAUCAACAUAUCAUCACUUCAACCUUCAGAUACCACAACGCCGCCGAAGAUCGGAACUCGCUUCUCUUCCAAAUCCCUCCGCAUACUAAAGACAUGGCUGGCGAACAACAAUCAUCAUCCGUAUCCGACCACCGAGGACAUGGAGAUGUUGCAGCGGCAGACUGGCCUCAGCAGGCAGCAGAUUACCAACUGGUUGGCCAACACACGCAGACGGACGCGCUUCAAAGUGCCACCCAAACGGCCGCCGUCUCCAGCAGUCACGUCUUCGAGAACCAUGCCCAUCAAUAUUCCUUCGGGCGCUGGCCUUUCCGAUACGUUCCAAAACCUGAACCCUCUACAAAGAUGGCAGGUUUCGCCUCCCGAGCAUGAGCCAGCGUCAGUGUCGGCAAUCGCCAACGCCGUGUCUGGGUUCUCUUCGGAAGGGGAAGAGUUGGCCGACCGAUCCUUCACGGAUACGCAUCCGACACGGUCCUUGUACGGGCAGUCCUCUGCGAGCAGUGCAGGAACGUCGCACUCCAGUAGAAGCUCCGCCAACUCAGCAUACUCACACAACUCUCACACGUCUCUGAGAUCUCUCGAGCCGCUUGGAAAGGGCGCGGUCAAGCGGAGACGGCGCCGCGCGCUGGCAAAACGUCCCGAAGCCAAAAGUACUGGCACCCUCUGGCAGACUAGCAACACGUACCAGUGCACAUUCUGCACAGAGACGUUCAAGACCAAGCACAACUGGCAGCGUCACGAGAAAUCGUUGCAUCUAUCCCUCGAGCGGUGGGAAUGCGCCCCGACAGGCGCAACUGUGCCCGAUGCGAGCGGACAGCCGGUGUGUAUCUUUUGCGGCGAGGCCAACCCUAACAAGGACCAUCUGGAGAAGCACAAUUACCAGGCAUGCAGAGACCGCCAGCCCGAGGAUCGCACAUUUUAUCGAAAAGACCAUCUGCAGCAACAUUUGAAGCUGGUCCACGAUGCCAAAUUCCUGAGGUGGCCUAUGGGAGACUGGAAGUACGAAAGCGAGGUAAUACGCUCCCGGUGUGGCUUUUGCGGCCACACAAUGUCUUCAUGGACCGAUCGGAUUGAUCACCUGGCCGAGCAUUUCAAAGAUGGGAAGACGAUGGCAGAUUGGCAUGGUGACUGGGGUUUCGACGACAAUGUUCUCAACAUGGUCGAGAACUCGAUGGCCCCUUAUAUGAUCCACAUGGAACGUAACUCACCAUGGCCGUUUACAACGAAACAAGGAGUCCCAGAAACACCACCAAACGCCUACGAACUGAUCAAGCUGGAGCUCAACCACUUUUCGGCCGAGCACCAAAACACAAAAGACCAGAUGCCCACCAAUGCGGAACUCCUAUACGAAAGCUGCUGCGUAAUCUUCGGAUGCGACUCGAUAUCGUUCUCCAAAAGACCUGCAACAUCGACGCAGAGCUGGCUGCGAGACCUGCUCAUGUCGUCAGAGUCCAUCGUACAGCAGGCGCGCGUCCGACCCAUGAAGAACAAUGCAAAGUCUCGAUUCACAUAUCUCAGCAUCAACGGCAAAGCGAAUAUUUUUGAAGCAUGUGGCUUGGAAGAACAGCUGCAAAGCUACGUGGAGAUUUCCAAGUUGAUUGAAUCACAGAUUUCCGACGAGGAGCUGCAACGAGAGGCCUGCAACAUUGUCGAAAGAAUCGAGACCUCUUCGCCGAACCCCUCCGAGACCUUUUUGAACUUUCUGUUCAGUCUCAUCAACGGCUCUUCACAUUGGCUGGCCGCGUUCCGUCACCGGAACGGACUCUCGCCAUCGGAGGCUUCGAAUGCCACCAAUAUCUCGAGCACAUCUGAAGCUAUUCUCGGGGCCAUCGCAGCGGAGCCCGGUCUCGAAUUCUCGGGCGCAAACCUCUCUUCGGGAAGCACGCCUGAUCCAUCACAGGCCAACGCCGCUGGCGCCAAGGCAGGCGAUAUUAGCAAAGUGUACUCGACAUCCGCGUUCUUCGUCAACGAAGAUAACUGCUACAGGAAAUUGAUGAAGGAGUUGAGACGAUUUGUGACGAUUACGACCUCGCCGCGGAACCCGAACAGGCGGAUACCCACAGAUGCCGAGCUUCAGCAUCAGGCACGGUGGAUAUCUUUUGAAGAUGACGAUCCAUGGAACCAAACCCCAGCCGACAACCCAGAUUGGCUACGAGAUUUCAAGCGAGAGAUGGGUAUUCUCGACGAUGAUUCGACUCCAAGUCAUUCCUGA